GUGGUGGUGGUGUUGGGGGUCGUGACCGUGGUGGUGGGGUGGUUGGUGAAGGGAAUAAAUGCUGUUCAAGAGACAGACCCUACUCGGUGGUGGAGAGAUAGAAACAACCCAGCUUUUGUUUUCUUUGCUAAAAUGUUAGUGCUACAGUAGUGCGUAUGUGCACACACAGUAAAUAAGAUAUACGUAAACACACAGAGAGGGACGCAUCACACCACGUGGUCGCGAUUGUCUGAUUUACAGAUCAGUUAGUAUUUAAUUGUCUCACCGGUUACUCUUUCCAGCCAACAACGCAAUUCAUCACUCCACAACUUCCCCCUCUUUCAUUCCACAACCCUUUCCUUUCUCUCUAAAACUCUCUCUUUUUCUCUCUCUACACACACUUGAAACAUACAAUUUAGGGUUUUGGUAGACCCAACAAAGCUACCAAAACCCCCCAUAUCUAUGUGUCUUCUCCAAUAUAAGAUCCAAAAUGAGAGACACUCUAAAGCUGAUUGUGAUCUCAGCAAACCUUUUUUUCUUAAAUGUGACUCAACGGUGAACAUGUUGCUGUUUAGUUGCGAUUGCCAUUUUCUCAUAAUCGAAACCAAUUUAGAUAAAACCAGAAGCUUAUGUGUAGAAGCGAAGAUCUCUACCUUUCGCAAUUCGAUCCGGCAUUUAUGAGACUCUGUUGCGAGUAUGAAGAGAUUCGGGCUCUGUUUCCCUCGCAUUCUCUUCUGGUUCGUUUUCUGUUUUCUGGAGUUCACCGUAGUGUUUCCGGUCACCGAGAAGGAGAUCUUGCUUCAAUUCAAAGCCGACAUUUCGAGUGAUCCGUACAACAGCUUGAAUUCAUGGGAUUCAGGUAAAAGCCCUUGUGAGGAUUACAAGGGUGUGUUCUGUAAUUCCGAUGGGAAUGUGGUGAAGAUUGUGUUGUGGAACACUAGUCUCGCCGGAGUUCUGUCGCCGUCCUUGUCGGGAUUGAAAGCUCUCCGGAUUAUUUCCUUUUUUGGGAAUCUAUUCACCGGCAACAUUCCGUCCGAAUACGGGGAGAUUCAGACACUCUGGAAGAUCAAUUUGAGCUCCAAUGCCUUAUCUGGGUCGAUUCCAGAGUUUCUUGGUGAUUUGCCCAACAUUCGAUUUCUUGAUUUGUCAAGGAAUGGGUAUAGUGGAGAGAUUCCAAAUGCUUUGUUCAACAAUUGUAACAAAACCAAGUACAUUUCUCUUUCUAGAAAUAAUCUUUCUGGUUCAAUUCCUCUUUCCAUAGCAAAUUGCUCCAAUCUUCUUGGAAUUGAUUUGUCUUUCAAUAAUCUUAGUGGAAGCCUGCCCUCACAAAUUUGCGAUGUUCCGAAUUUACUGUACUUAUCUUUGGGAAGCAAUGUGCUUACCGGAAGUGUUCAAGAACAGAUUUCGGCGUGCCAGAGCUUACAACUCUUUGAUAUUGGAAGCAAUUUGUUCACUGGGUUGGCCCCUUUUGGGGUUGUUGGAUUGAACAAUAUUACAUAUUUCAAUGUAUCGCAUAAUAGGUUUGAGGGGCAGAUUCCAGAGAUUGAAACUUGUAGUGAGAGAUUGGAAACUUUGGAUGCUGCAGGAAAUGAUUUGUAUGGGGAAAUCCCAUUGAGCAUCAAAAGUUGCAAUGUCCUUGAGAAGUUGGACUUGCGGUUUAACAGGCUAAAUGGCAGUAUACCAACUGAGAUUGCGGAUUUGAAGAGCCUUGUGGUCAUUCGAUUGGGGAAUAAUUCAAUAGGUGGAACAAUUCCGUCAGAAUUUGGGAGCAUUGAAUUGCUUCAAGUUCUGGAUUUGCACAAUCUCAACCUUGUUGGUGAAAUUCCAGACGAUAUAAGCAAAUGCAGGUUUCUUCUUCAGCUGGAUAUUUCUGGUAAUGCAUUACAAGGAGAAAUCCCACAAACCAUUUAUAACAUGUCAUACCUUGUACUUCUUGAUCUACAUCAUAACCAGCUCAAUGGAAGCAUACCAUCCAGUAUUGGGAAUUUGUCAAACCUCAAAGUUUUGGAUCUGUCAGAAAAUUCACUGUCUGGGCCAAUCCCUUUAUCAUUUGGGAAUUUGGCAAAUUUAACUCAUUUUAAUAUCUCUUAUAACACACUCUCAGGUGAAAUUCCUUCGGUAGCUACCAUCCAACGUUUUAAUUUCUCAGCAUUUUUUCACAAUCCAGGGCUCUGCGGUGCCCCAUUGGACACUCCCUGCUCAGGCAAUGGCACUACUUCAGCGUCGGGAAAACCUAAGCUGAGUGUUACUGCCAUUGUAGCAAUUGUUGCUGCCGCGGUUAUUCUUACUGGUGUUUGUGUGAUAACCAUUGUGAACAUCAAGGCUCGCAGAAGUAGAAGAGACGACGAGACAGUGGUUGUGGAGAGCACUCCAGUUGGUUCCACGGAUUCAAAUGUCAUUAUUGGGAAGUUGGUUCUCUUCAGCAAAAGUGUGCCCUCAAGGUAUGAAGAUUGGGAAGCUGGCACCAAAGCUUUGCUUGACAAGGAGUGCCUGAUUGGCGGCGGAUCAAUUGGAACAGUUUACAAAACAAAUUUUGAAGGUGGCAUCUCAAUUGCAGUAAAGAAGCUUGAGACUUUGGGAAGGAUGAGAAACCAAGAAGAAUUUGAGCACGAGAUUGGAAGGUUAGGAAACCUUCAACAUCCUAAUCUUGUUGCUUUUCAAGGUUACUAUUGGUCCUCUAGUAUGCAGUUGAUUUUAUCAGAAUUUAUUCCGAAUGGAAAUUUGUAUGACAAUUUACAUGGACUCAAUUAUCCUGGCACAAGUACUGGUGUCGGCAAUAGUGAAUUGAAUUGGUCUAGGAGGUUUCAGAUUGCUCUAGGGACAGCGAGAGCCCUCGCUUACCUCCACCACGACUGUAAACCUCCAGUUCUUCAUCUCAACAUCAAGUCCACUAAUAUACUCUUAGAUGAAAACUAUGAGGGCAAAUUGUCUGAUUAUGGGUUGGGAAAGUUGCUUCCCAUGCUCGAUAACUAUGGUUUAACAAAAUUUCACAAUGCAGUUGGGUACGUUGCUCCAGAGUUGGCUCAAAGUCUCAGACUGAGCGACAAAUGUGAUGUUUAUAGCUUUGGGGUGAUUCUAUUAGAGCUGGUUACAGGGAGGAAGCCAGUGGAAAGUCCGGCAGCGAAUGAGGUUGUGAUUUUGUGUGAAUAUGUUAGGGGCUUGAUAGAGAGUGGCAUUGCUUCAGAUUGCUUUGAUAGAAGCUUGCGCGGUUUUGUAGAGAAUGAGUUGAUUCAGGUCAUGAAGUUGGGAUUGAUUUGUACUUCUGAGGUGCCUUCCAGGAGACCAAGCAUGGCUGAAGUUGUUCAGGUGCUCGAGUCCAUCAGAUCAGGAGUGGAAUAGUAGUAAUUAGAAUGUAAUGGAGGGCCUCUGUUGGACCACCUUUGUGGAGUUGGCAGUGCCUGAUACAAGAGAUGAAAGAUGGUAGUCUAGCAAUCAAAGCUGGAAUGAAAUUUGGGUUGGUGGAAAGAAUAGGAGACCAUAGUCAAUUAGAGCAAAAUAACAGCAGAAAAAUUCUUUUGUAUUCAUUUUGAGUUUUUUGAGAUUACCAUCAUCAAUUGUUUCUUGUAAUUUUCUCAAUAAAUCAUUCAUUUUUUUGGUGCA